AUGGAGACUACUUAUUACUUGUGCAAUGGAAAUCUAGUUAAACGAGAUCCUGAAAUAGAUUCAAAAGAUAUAUUCGUCAUUGAAGGACCAUUUGAAACCUAUGAAAAUAAUACCGUUCAAGAUGAACCGCUACAACUUGAAACUGAUAUUCUUGAAGAAUCCCGUAAAAGAAAUUGCCGAGAAUGGAGUCAAUAUGAAACAAAAAUUCUUUUAGAUAUGUAUAGACGAAAUAUUACACAAGUAGGACCAAUGAAAAAAUUUAAAAGUAAAAGAGAAAUGUUCAAAUGUAUAGCACAAACAAUAUCUGCUAAAUUAAAUAUCAUCAGAAGUGCUCAUCAAUGUGAAAAUAGGUAUAAGACGGUAGUUAAUCAACGAAAGGUUGGAUGUUCAAUAUUACAAAAGUCUAGAUCAAAUGUUGAAAAAAGAUUCAGUGAAGGGGAAAGAUUACAAAAUGAUGUUACAGCUUCAGUGUCAGCAGACCAUGAUUAUAAUGGACAGAACUCUGGAACUAAUGGUCAAUGUACGAUGAAAUCUAUGAAUGAAUGGGGCGUUGAUGAUACUAAACUACUAAUGGAUUUGUACAAAAAGAAUAUUUCCAAAGUUGGACUGGAGAGAACAUUCAGGACUAAAUUAAAAAUGUUUGAACAUAUUGCAAAUUCCAUAAACAAUAUACUAAAUAUUACUAGAACUGCUGAGCAAUGUCUAAAUAGAUAUAAGACCAUAUUCAGAAGAAAAAAUUUUAAACAGAAUAGAUUAAACAACGAUAAUAAUAUGUCCAUGAAUAACAUAGUUAUAGAAGAUAAUUUAAACAACAGUGAUAAUUCAAACUGUGAUACACAUUUUGUUGAUAAUUUUUAUGAAACUGAAUUUAACACUCACGUUUAUGAUGGCAAAACAUUAAGAAAGGUUGUUAAGCAGCCAAAGAUAGUUCCUAAACCCAAAGAGCCUGAUACUAGUCAGGACACAUUGUUGACGAGGACUCUAAGAGAGAUUGCCAACCAAAAAGAAAAGACGUUAUUAAAAAUUGCUGCAAACCAAGAGCGUGCAGAAGAACGAAGGCAUCAGGAAACGUUGACACUUAUUCGACAACUUGGUGAAACUAUUGUUCGGUACAUUGGGAAUCAACAAGGCGAUACAUCUGAACAGCAUUAUUAA